UCUAGUUUGUAAUGAAAAAGAUGAACAUAUACAUUUUGUGGCAUUUUGGUUUGGUUUGAAACACAUUACUAGUAGAGAUUCGUGGAUCCACAGAAAAACGCCAAGAUACUGAGAAAACGCCUAGUGAAAUUUAUUAUUUGACAGGUUGAACUACUCUGUAGCACGAUGUAGAUUAAACACUGUGAUCAGUAAACCCCAGCCGGCUUAUUCUUCGUGUUUGGCCUUUAAGCGUGGCGCUGUUUCUCCAAACAAUCUGCAGGCGGUUUCUCUCACAGAUGACCGUUCUCGGUGAUGCGUUCAUUCAUAGUUUUGUUUGGUUUAUAGCGGGCACGUGUGCCCGAUGACGGUGGCUUUGGGAUGGGUUUGUGCUAAUUUUGACCGUCGUGUGUUUGGUCGAACGCGCAUAACUACUGCUGUUCAUUCUGCUGUAACAAUUGAUUGCGUUAGUUAACUCGAAUGACUCUGCCAGUGUGCAAAUAUGUCGAAGGCCACUUUAAAAGAAGUUUUGCGUGUGGAACGCAGGAUUGGCGCGUUCUAUUCUGGCGGCACAGUGCUGUGGAGUUUUAAUGGAGAAAAGCUUUUUUGCCAAGCCGGCUCGGCACUCAAUCAGCUAAACGUCGAAGAUGGUAAAGUGGAAAAAACUUUUGAGCUGGGCAUAGAAGAGGACAUCACUGCGGUAACCAUCUCACCGGACGAUCAGUUGCUCAUUGUAGCCUCAAAGAAAGAUUUGUUGCGACAGUUUAACUGGAAAGAAUCGGGUGUUGAAGUGCAACGAAACUGGCGAGCUAUGCUAAAGACACCCAUCGUUCAACUGGAGUUCGACGUCAAUAGCCGUCUUCUUGCGUCGGGCAGUACUGACGGAGCUCUUAAAGUGUGGGACGUGGUCUCGAAAUACUGCACACACAACUUUAAAGGUGCGUCAGGUCUAUUCACAGUACUGCGCUUUCACCCGAAAAAGCAUUUGCUUUAUGGGGCAACGAGCCAUGAUGGAAGUCUGUUCUGCUGGAGUUUGAAGGAUUCGGCGCUUGUUCAACGACUAGAUGCACACACUUCGGUGAUUACCGAUCUGCAGUUUAUUGACAGUAAGAAGGCUCUGACUUCCUCUCGGGACAAGGUCGUGGUACUGUGGGAUCUUGAGGAAGCUCAGAAGAUUCGUAGCAUUCCUGUGUAUGAGUGUGUCGAAAAUCUACUCCUACUGAAAGCAGGAGAUGCUGGUUUCUCGGAGGACCAUUUUGUUACCGUGGGAAACCGAGGCAUCCUGAGAGUGUGGCAUGCCGCAAGUGGCAAAUGCGUCAAAGAACAACCCGGCGAACAAGCCGCGGUAUUAGCGUCUGAAACAGACACUGUUGUCGUAAAGGGCAUGUUUAACCGCGCCAAGGGCCUUAUGGCGGUCGUGACGUAUGAGCAAAACAUCGUAUUUUACGAUUCCGAAACGAUGGAAGCAACGAAACGGCUAAUUGGAAAUAAUGACCAAAUUUUCGAUCUCGCGCUAAUUGGUAGCGACGAACGACUUUUGGCAAUUUGUACGAAUUCGCCAUUCAUCAAGGUUAUGGACCGCGAUAGCAGCCAUACAUCGCUGCUGAAAGGUCAUACCGACAGUGUGCUCUGCAUGGCUGUGGCUAAAGCUUACCCAAAUCUGCUUGUAUCGGGAAGCAAGGAUCAUGAAGUGCGCGUGUGGAGUUGUCAACGAGGAGAGAUGAAAAGCGUAGCAAAGGGAGCUGGCCAUAGUCAUUCGGUCGGUGCAGUGGCUGUUUCCAAACUGAAGGCCGAUCCUAAAGGUAAUCUUCAAGUGGUAUCUGGUGGUGAAGAUACCACGUUGAAGCUCUGGCUAUAUAAUCUCGAUAGCAGCAAGAUGACAUGCGAACAUACCGUUAAAGCGCACGAUAAAGAUAUUAUGUCGAUCGAUAUUAGUUGGAAUGACGCUAUCAUUGCAACCGGAUCACAGGAUAAGUCUGUGAAGCUAUGGAACAGUAGUGAUUUGUCCCAGGUAGGUGUGUUGAGGGGACACCGACGUGGCAUUUGGAGCGUCUGCUUCUCUUCGCAUGAACCAAUUAUAGCGUCGUCUUCAACCGAUACCACUGUGAAGUUGUGGUCCGUUGACGAGCUGACAUGUCUGCGGACAUUCGAAGGUCACGAGUGCUCGGUUUUGCGGGUGCUCUUUAUUGCUGAGAGCCAACAGCUAUUGACGGCAGGUGCAGAUGGAAAUCUUAAAAUCUGGACUAUCCGAACCAACGAUUGUGCGGCCACAUUCGACGGUCACGAUGGUCGAAUAUGGGCACUGGUCGCGUCCGAGGACGAAAUGACCUUUGUGUCGGGAGCGGCCGACUCAACCAUUAACGUAUGGAAGGACUUUACCCUAAAAGAGAAGGAAGCCGCGCUCGAGAAACAUGAAAAACUACUUCUCGAAGAACAGACACUGAUGAAUUUGAUGCAGCAGCGUAAUUGGUCGAAGGCGCUUAAGUUGGCCUUGAAUCUUGAGCAUCCCCAACGUACGCUUAAUAUUAUCAAGGCGAUCUUGUAUGAUGAUAACGGGCCGGAGAAGCUUCGCAAAGCAUUGAUUAGCCUCGAAGACUUCCAGGCGAAUACUCUGAUCACAUUUUGCGUCACAUGGAACACAAACGCUAGACACUGUUUUGCGGCGCAGUUGGUCUGCCGGGAAAUUUUGAGCAAAGCCAAAGCAUCCGUUCUUCUAGAGAAAUUGAGCGGACUGAAAGAGAAUUGCGAAGGACUUAUACCUUACACGGAAAGGCAUCUCGAGCGUUUGACACAUUUAGAGCAGCAAUCGAUGAUCCUUGAAUAUAUGCUAAAUAGCAUGCGUGUGACAGGGACGUUUCGUUGAACUAACCGCAUAAUAAUUUCCUCUGUAUAUAUCAAUAUAUAAUGCUAUGCUUUUAAUCAGCUUUAUUUAACUACGCAAAACAUAUGUUUCUAGAUGUAUGGAAUAAUAAAACUGAGCUACGUCGAACCGGUUUUUUUUUUCUAUACGUUUUGGCAGUGGUUCGAUAGAAAACCGAAUCCAACUGUAACGGCAACUAAACAGCUACGUGUAUGAAAUAUCCUAAGUUUAUUAUUUGAUUAAGUUUCAUAUUUUUUGUCAACGGUUGUCACAGUUGGCAAGCUUGCGACGAACCUACUUAUUUUUUUUGUGUUUAUGGCCUAACUCAUUCACCUUGGUUUUUGUAGGCAAAUACCUGCCAUAGCGUACAUGCGAAUUGCCCAAAUCGCAGUCUCUAUUUUACAAAUAUUAUUAUCCACUCACAAUUUAGUUAAUGCAAUGCUAUCACGUAAUACACAUGUUAUGGUUGUUUUUGUUGACACGCGUUGGCUAGUCAUAAAUAGUCGUCAAUGCAAUGAGCAUAAAGCUGUGAAUGAAGUAUGAAACCAGCGCAUUUUUUCAAUGCAGGCAAAAAUUUCCAGUUGGAAAUAAUAAUAACAAUCAAAUUUUUAUGGAUCUUAAAUUUGUUUAAACAGCAGAUAUGUAGAUGUUCUUGCAUAGGUACGUUUAGGUUCGUUUACGACGCUGGCCAUGUAGUAUUUCGCGUAAAAAUUAGAACGAAAAUAACACACUCUAGAGAGACCUUCCAAAUGAAGCUUCGCCAUGGGAGACUCUA